CGGUGAAGAAGGUGCGCGCUCGAGAUCUUUCAAUAUACAAACACCGUGGUUCUGUUUCGCUGUAUUCCACGCCAUGACUAAAAUUUGUCGGAAGAGUAGGAGUGCGGUAGCUGUGACAGGUCAAACGGUGAAUAGCGAAAUUACUUAAUAUUCGCCCGAUAAAGGAAAGAUUUCUCGCAUCGGGCAACGUCGACGGAUUUAUCCUCGUCGCAUCGUUUUCUGUUCCGCGGAUUAUAUUCGUUGGCGGCGAGGAUUCGCUAUUUUCGUAGAAACGGCAGGAACCCAGCGGCCGAAGAGAAGAGCAAGCGCAGAAAGUGAAUAUAAUGGAGGUAGAUGAAUGCUCGGCUGGUGGUGACAGUGGAGCUGAAGAGGACGAGGAGGAUGCAUCAUCUCAUGGGUCUAGAAGCAACAGCAGUAGCAGUAGUAUCAGUGGCAACAGCACCUCUACGGACAGCAGAGACGAUAGUGGAGAGGAACAUGGUACAAGUGGCAGUGAAACUCAUAGCUCUGGGGAGGAGGACGACGAGGAGAACGAGAACAUGGAAUACUCUGUCAAAGCGGAGAGUCCGGAUACUCUGAAAUGGGAAACAUGUGUUGCCGCGAACACCAAAGUGAAAUUGCCGCAAGAUCUUUGCGAGCACGCAGCAAUUUUUCGAGAGUUCCUCGAUUAUCCGUACAUUUGGAACGAAUGCCUUACGGAGAGCCAGAGAGAAACUUUGUGCCAACUCUUACCAGCUUUCCCAAAGGAUUACGACGUAGAAGCGGAGACAGAGAAAACUUUACGGAUGUUAUUCGAACGCGAACCCAUGAGAUUCGGACAAGCGCCUCUGGACGUGUUUCACAGCCACUUAUCUGCCGGACAUUAUCGGCCGGAUAUCAAAAGAAUACGUAGCUUGGUACGUAAAGCGCAACAGAGAAGACUGCUUUUCGAAGAGCGAAAACGAUCAUACGAGCUGGCCAGUCAAUUACUCAAAUCCAGGGAGAGCCUGCUUUCGAACGCGUACAAGCAAGGAUUUUGUCAACCGGCGCAGCGUACGAUGUCCAGGGUUCAAUGGAGAAAACCAAAGCCUGCUGUAGUUGAAGAGAAGACGCAACUGCGCUAUUUGGAGGAACUGAAUGCGCUGAGGACAGAACUUGGGGCGAGCGCCAAGCUGGCAGCCGACACGACGUCCGAGAACGAGGAGAACUAUCCGCAGUAUCAGAUGCCCGGUGCCAAGCAGAAGAAAAAACGGCGUUCCCUCAUGAGCGUUCAGGGACUGUCCAUCAGGGGAAUGCAAAUGAAUCACGAGGACGAGACCAUCAGGCCUGUUUUCUCCACGUUGCAACGGGCGGAGUAUCCUGCUAACAGAUCGUUGUUUGUUCGCGAGCACACGGAGGAAAUGUAUCGCGAGAUGCUGCUCGAGCACAAGAAGCGGAGAGCACGGCGCGACAUUCAUCCGGAAUUAAACACGCAAGGCAUCGCUCUGGCCGAUCUGACACAGAGAGCGCAGGUCGGCCAGAAGCAUAAAUUAACGCUCGGCCCUUCUAUGCGUGUCACACCGGCGAAGAAACGGAUCAAGUUGGAGCAACAAUCACCGCUCUGUCCCCCGGCGCCGAGAUUACCGAAUUCCAAUUCGAUAAAACACGAGAGCGACAACAGCGAUUAUUCUCACACGACGGACGAGAACAGACAUUCCAGUACGUUGGAUAUGGAUCACAGGAUGUUGACUCCGAUCAAAUCGGAGCCAAUCGACGCGUACGAGAUACAUCAAAUAGCCAAGAAGAAAUUGAGCCCGGCCACGCGCGGGAAACCUUCAGUCUUGACACCGGAGAUCAAGAAGGAAGUGGAGGACAUCGAUUACGACGACAUAAAAACGGAGCUGAGCGCGGGAGUUAAUGAAGACGGACCGCUUGAAACGGAGGAGGAUGAGGAGAACGAUAAAAAGGAACUCGAUUUGGACAGCAUCGACAUGAUGCAACUGCCGAUACAACUGGACGACGGGAUCGACAUAUUGGACGACGUGAAGUGCGAGGACGAGGGUGUGAUAUCGAUACCGGAGAAAGAUAUGGUACAAGGGAAUGAGGACGCGAUUGAUAUUAACAGCGGUGCCGAGUUGAUGCAAGAGACGCACGCUUGCUUCUUCUCGUUAUUGAGAGACGCGUUCACCUCGAAAGGUGAAUACAGGAUGAGCGCGAUAGAGAUGAAGGACGCUGUCAUGCUGUGGCAAGGGAAUCCAAUUUCGCCGUUGAACGAUUGGUACUCUCUAGCCUCCUCCUGGCCAGCGUUGGUUCCACUGGCUCUGGGGUUUCUUGCUGGCGAACUUACAUACAGUCAAGACAUCAGUGAUCGUCAAGAACGGGACCCAGAACUCGUUCCGUAUCUAGAAAAUAAAGGAAACGGAGUUUACGCGUGGAUCGGAGCUGGACGAGAUUCGGAUUCCCGUCUGGCCGACCUGUGCACCAAGUUCUUGAUGUACAAAGAUUCGCUGGGUUCAUCGUCCGCGACUGCCGGUGCCGUAACGACCGUGAAGCAACAAGCCCCGUUGCCUCUGGCUAGUAGUAACGUCAGUAACAGCUCCGGAAAUGGAAAUACGCCUACGAGCGUCAGAGAUAGUAGUCCGGCGAUAGAAUCGAUCAGUGUCGACGGUGGAUCAGUAAACACCGUCGCGGAAUGGGAACCACCUCGUGCCCUGUGGCCCACGGAAUGGAAAGUCCGAGCAUCCACCGUGGACGAGCGGGAGGAAUUUCGGAGACAAGAACGUAUGCGUUACGCUGCGCCUCAUAAAGCAUUUACAUACAAAAUGCAUGGUUACGCGUCCGUCGUAGGUCCGGUGAAAGGCAUCUAUCAACACAACGUUGCUUCCGGAUUGACCAAGGCUCGAGGGCACUCUCUGUUGGUAGCGGAUCGGCCAAACUUCGUGACGAUCUUAGCUCUGGUCAGAGAUGCAACCGCGAGACUUCCGAACGGUGAGGGAACUCGGGCUGAUAUUUGUCAGUUGUUAAAGGAUUCCCAGUACAUCAGGGAACAGACGGAAAGCGAUGACAAGGAGGGAUACUUGCAUUCGGUAGUAUCCGGGGCUUUGGACAGAUUGCACUACGAAACAGAUCCCUGCGUUCGAUAUUAUCCCAGGCGCAAAGAAUGGCUUUAUCUCCAUCGAGCGCGUUCAGAAUCAGAAUUCGAAAUGUACCAUCAACAAUUGCAAGGCGUUGCGAAAAACAAGAAGAACGUUGGGAACAUGUCCCGGAACAAGGCACUCCCAGCAGUGAUAAAACCUGCUAAUGUUAACAAGGAGCAAUCUCCGAAUAACGUUAAAGAAGUUACUCCUAAGAAGGAGAGAAAAACGACGUCGACUGCGCAGCCUGUCAUUUCAAGAAAAGAGCAAAAGAAAAAUGAGGAGAAGAACACUAACGACUAUUCCAUUUCCACGGAACCAUCGACGAUGGUCACAAACGUUGUAACAACAAUCAGCGCGCCGUCGAGUUCCAUUAUGUCAGUCGCGGCACCCACCGUCCCAGUCACGUCAUUCUCGAGCUCUUCUUCGUCCGUCAGCACCGUAACUGUAGAGAAAGACGUGAUAGCCAGCGAAAUGAAAUCGCCAAUACCCACGACCGUUGCACCGAAGAAGGCGGCGAACAUCGGCGGAAAGCCAGUCGCCGUUGUGAAGACCAGCGCACAGAGUUUGCUACAAUCGAAUCAACAGCAUUUCCCGCAUCAUCAGAUUCAAGUGUCGACGUCCGCCGGUUUGCAGACGAUACGAUUGUCCGGGCACUCGGUGUUGCACUCCGCGCAGUCUGUGGUGGCCAGUAGUGCGAACCCGACGAACGUGACGACGAAUUUGUCUACGAUACUGCCACCGAGUAAAAUGCAGAGUCAACAACAGUCGCAGCAGCAGCAGCAAACGAUAGUCGCGAAUCAAGCGGGCAAAAGUAUUUUGCAGACCGCCAAUAUAAAACAACAGCAGCCUCAGCAACAGCAGCAGCACGUACUGCCUGGGAAGACUCUGCUGGCUUCUCAGAUAAAAUUAGUUAGCUCGGGACAGAUCAAGUCGCUCUUGACGGGCCACGGUCUUCAGGGCCAGACGAUCUUCAUUAAACAGUCAUCGCCGUCCGGUAACCAAUCGCAGCAAAUGCAACAACAACAGUUGAAGCAACAACAGCAGCAGCAACAGCAAACGCUCCAACAACGAGUGGUGACCAAUCAACAGCAAUCGUUACAAACUUCGGGUAUGCAACGUAUAAUUGCACAGAUCGGUGGGAAACCGAUCGCCGUGCAGAUUCAACAAUCUCCGCAACAACAGCAACAACAGCAACAGCAGAAGAUACUGGCCAAGGUUCUGACCAGUUCCGGCGGUGGUCAGCUAAUCUCUGUGGAGAGUCUGCUCGCUCAGAAGGGGUUGAAACUGGCGACUACGGCCAGCCAUGCCGCUCAGCUCAACAGGCAAGGGAAACAAGUGAUACAAACUCAAUAUCAGGUGGUGUCGCAGGCGCAGACGUCCGCUGGUCAAUCGAAGAUCAUCGCUAGUACACAGCAGCAGCAACCGCAGCAGGCGCAAACCGUUCGGAUGGUCACGGCUCAGCUGGCCGGGAAACCGAUCGUUUUGGCAAGCGGCAACAAGAACGUCGGAGUCGGAGUGAGCAGCGGUGGUAGCGUGGUGCUCGGGAAACAGGCACCGUCACAGCAACAGCAGACGCAACAGCAACCGAUCAUCUUGCCCAGUCAAUUGCUUAAUAUCAAGACGUUGCACGGGUUGAAGGUGAUACCGACUCCGGCUGGAUUGAAGACGACGGGCGCGGCGGUGUACGCCCGGGUGAUCGCACCGAGUACGAUCACCUCUUCUCAGUCGACGGGUAAUCAGCAGCAGAGCAUCCAAACGCAGCCGUCGAGAAACAACACAUAUAACACACCUUGACAAAAUUGAUGUCACUUUCUUUCUUUUCUUUGUUCCCUUGUCCCCGAUAUUCUUAUUUUAAUACACGUAUAGAGUUUCGUUCAGAAUUUCGGAGGGAUUUCGCACCGUUUCUAUGUAUAAAAUCUUACGACAGUUAAAAAGAACAGUGUAAAAGUUUAGUGAGCUUCUAUGUAGAGUCGCGUUACGUUCCGUGCCGUGCCGUGUAGAUAUUCGUUUGAAUUAAACGGAAAUGUCGUCCACUUACUUCACUCGGUCAGCCGAUCGGGAUCAAGGCACAACGCGCUGACUCGAUAUUAUACGAAAACGAAAUGUACGAUGAGAACACACGUGGUCGUGAACUUCUUUUAUAAUUAAGUGUCGAGUUAUUUACAAAUGCAUGGUACGAUUUUAAAUACAAAAAAAAGGAAAGGAAAACGUCGUUUCUUCGUUCUCUUGUAUCAAGAAGAUUCUUGCAACGUCGCAUGUAACGUAUAAAUAAAACUUAUUGCGUAACGA